AUGGCUGGCUACAAGACUGCCAGCCACGACAAGUUCUGGAGUCGGCCAACCACUUGGCCCGCGAGGAAGAGUGUGCCCAGGAGAGUCCCCGAUGCCCCGCACGUCGUCCCCGCCACAAAGUUUCAGGAGCCGUGCGGCGUCGAGGAGCUCUACAAGGAGAAGGCCAACGACCGCUGGCUGCGCACCUUCUGCGAGAACCUGGACAAGAUCCAGCGGGAGAAGAAAGGCUUCGUCCUGCAGAUCCAGCAGGGCGUGGUAAGAGAGAAGUCAGACAUGCAGAUAGCGGAAGAGCGCAUGGGGAAGAUGUGGUCCGUUCCACGCAUCGUGGAGAAGGCUCACAAGCAGUGGGAGCAACGCGACAUCAAGGACGAGGCCGAGAUGGUAUCAGAGUGCUUCGAGCCACUCGAGGGCGACACGGAGCUGCCCCUCAACGACGAGGGCAAACUCGAAGGUUUGCCAGCGGCGAGGUCUACCCCCCCUGCAGACUGGCAGAACGGCAAACAGGGAACGAACAGGUUUGCCAGCGGCGAGGUCUACCCCCCCUGCAGACUGGCAGAACGGCAAACAAGGUUCGCGGACGGCACGGUGCACGUUGGGGAGUACCAGAACGACCAGUUGCACGGCUGGGUGACCUUGAGGUUCGCGAGCGGCGAGGUCGGCUUCCACGAGCGGGACAAGCCCAACGGCCGCUCGGUGAAGCUCAGCGCGAGUCGCACGAAGGCCUGGCUCUAUAUGGAUGGCAAGGACGAGCGCCAGGUCUCCGUGGUCUCC